AUGGAGUUUAUUAAUUAAAACAUUAAGCAAGAUGAAUUCCUACUAGUCAAUCUUAAAGGAAACUUUUAUGUGAUGGAGUAUUUAGAAGGAGAAGAUGAAUUUGGAUAAAAAUAAAUAUUAAAUAACGCUCAAUCUAAAGGAUUGGCCAUUUAUUAUAUCAAUGUAGUUCAAAAGCUGAGAGAAAAGUUUAACAAACAAAAGAUUUAAUAGCAAUUGUAAUCAAUUUUGAACCAGUAAAUAUAUUAUAAGUUAAUAGAAACGGAUGAGGCCAAUGAAAUGGCUAGAAUGAAUAUGUAUUCUGAUGAUUCAAGCGAAGAUCUUGGCAUAGAUGACUACACAGCAGCUGCAGAUGAAUCUUUUGACGCUAGCAAGUAGAUAACUUUUAAAAUAGCUGAAUAUGCAAAAAUAAGGGAAAUAUGUAAAAAUAUUGAUAUCUUUAUUGAAUCUCUGCUGAGUUAAGCAAUCACUGGAACUGAUAAUCCACACUUUUCUUCUACAAGUGGUUUUGUUAAAGAUUAAGAAAAUGAUGCACAUUGUUUGACAUAUUCUUAUGUUGACGAUUCUAUUUACAAUCUCUAUAUCCGUCUUGUAAAGCCAUAGGUUUUAGAUAAAAUAUUAGCAAAUCCUCUCAAAGUAAAUUUAAAUUUACUGCAUAUUGAUGAUGAAGGCUUUUCUAAGUCGCCUAGCUACAGCUAUUUUAAUGACAUAUAAAAUUCAUUUAGAAAAUUAAACAUCUAACUAGAAGUUAAAAACUUGUAACUUAAUAUUUAUUUCAAAAAAAGAAAAAAAGAAAGCAACUAAAACCCAAAAAAAUUCUUCCAAAAUUAUAUGAAUUACGUAAAGAAAGUCUUUAUAGAUAUGGAUUAGAUUUACACAAAACAGAUCUUGGAGAUAUAUGUGCAGUUUAAUGAUAGUCAAAGUUAAUAUUUAACAUAGCAUAUAAAUCAGUACAUGAGUAGUACUUUUCAGCAAGAUUGUCAAAAUUUAAGUAAUAAAUUUGAUAUAAAUAAAUACUAGAUUUAAGUUUUAUUGCAUAAUACACUCAACGCUGUCAUUCUAAAUGAUAUCAAAGUUAACUUAGUCAAUACCAAAUCAGAUCAGUUUAUUAAAAAAAUAUAUUACUCAAAUGAAUUAAAGUCAAAUUGGUUUUAGUUUUUAGGUUUAAAUAAUAAUAUUUCUUUUAUUCACACAUAAUAAUUUAAUGAUAGUAGUGACAUAAAAUACGUUAAAUACAAAUUUAAAACUCACAAAAAAAAUAAAAAAGAUGAAAAUCAUUAAAAUAAUGCAGUAAUGAAUUACUUGAACUAUUAAUAUAACAGUUAAAAUAAUUUAGAAUAUUUAAGCCAAUCUUCAAUGACAUCCCUAAGUGGCUUUUCAUCUGACAAUUAACUAUUCAAGCAGGAUUUUGAAAACUUUUCUUCCUUUGAAGAAUUAAAAAAAAAAUCUGGUGAGUUAUCAGGCGAAGAAUAAGAAUAUGCAAAUUUUUUGAGUAAAAAUAAAAAAAAUAAAAAUGUAAUUAGACACAAUAUUUUUGAUAUUUAUAAAAAUCUUAUUGAGACCCAUUUCAGAGAUUAGACAUUUGUAUUCUGUGCUUAUGAUACUCAUUCAAAGUAACUUCAAAGUAUAUCCAAAAAUACCUGUAUGCCUUUUAACAUCUAUGAAUUAAUCCAUGCAAAGACAUCCAUUAUGCUCUCUAUUUUAGCUUAUAAAUUGCAUGUUGCUGAGUUUAUUUCUUACAAACCAAACCUAUAUAUAUGGGAUUAAUAUUUAGAGUGA